AUGGUCCUCGUUAAAAAGAUCAAGGAAUCAACUACUGCUACAAAGGUCGCUGCCGGCCAAGCUGGCGCAACGGCAGAGGAUCCUAUCGAUGCUCUCAUUAUUGGAGCUGGUCCAUCUGGGAUGGUCUGUUUGCGCAAUCUUUUAAGAGAUCAACCGCCACUCUCUGCGAUUAUAGUUGAACGCCAAGCAGUUCCCGGUGGCAUUUGGACGGGCCAUAUCCCGGAAUACUCAACGCUGCAGGAUCUGAUCUGCGAAUAUGAAGUCCACGGUGUCAAAUUCCCUCGACGAGAGCCUCAAAGACGCGCAACGAGAGACCAAGUUGCCGAGUUUUGCGAUGCUUAUUUCACAGAGUUCGAUCUACAUGACCACGUGAUCUGGGAGCACGAUGUGGCUCAUGUCGAGAUGGUCAAGCCUAUGCUGCACAAAGUCGUCAUUCGCCCAUUCGGGAAGGAAAUCGAGGCAGUUUCGAGCCAAACCGUUUAUACACGGAGUGUUCUUGUUUGCACGUUCCCCGGUCAGGAAACAGCAAAAUUCCCUAUCAAGCAUAACAACAACAUUCGCGAUGCAAGUGAAUUACCAGAUUCUGAUAUUCUCGUUAUCGGUGCCGGACCUUCAGCCAUGGACAUUAUCCAGGAAGCUUGCGUCAAGCAAGGUGCGAAGAAUGUACAUCUAGUUGCACGAUCUCCUCACUGGGGCGCUCCUGAUCUGUGGUGGCCCUGGCUAUGGCAAAUGGGAUGGACGGAACUGCAUCUCAUGCGCGUGCUCUACCGCCGCUUGCCUAUUUUUGUGGUGGAUGCCAUCUUCUGGCUCAUUCAUCUCGCCUGGGCAGUCUUCCAUGGCGUGCCAGAGUGGAAGCCUCCUACCCAUGAAGGACCAUCUGCAAAGGUUGGUCUAAUCCUGAGGUCCCAUCUGGUGAAACCCUAUCACAAUGGUCAAUUCCAUAUCCACGACAAGUGCGGAAUCCAAGAGAUCGAUGGAGAGAAAGUUGUCCUCACCAACGGCACGGCCCUUUACCCCAGGAUGCUGGUGGCUGCAACAGGCUGGUCAACCGAGUCUGCAUAUCUCCCCGAAGGAUCUCCAGCCGGUGAAUAUGACUCUCUGGCUGCUGCAGAUGCACCACGACCUCUAUAUCUCCGGUUCUACGACCAGGAUUACCCAGGAAUCUUCUAUAUCUCCGUGUCUGCUGGUUUCAUCACGUACACGGAGAGUGCGUCUUUCCUCAGCCAGGCUAUCGGUCAGAUUCUGCGUGGCACCUGGACACCUCCUUCCGAGGAGGAGAUCAAGAAGAACUUGAAAGAGGUUGUUUUGCAUCACAUCUGCCUUCCUGGUCUCAUUGAGGAGGACCUUGCCGCUGCAGGCUUCAAAGACCUGCGUGGUAAGAAUGAGCGUUGA